UAUUCUCACGAGAUUUGAACGCGGUCUAGACAGAAAAUGGAGAUAUCAUUUCCACAGCGUCGUUAUCUCCGUUAAACGCCCCCGUACUCACUACUGACACCGCAGACAAUAAACAAAACAAAAAAGAAAAGAAAAAGAAGAGUGUUUCAUCGCUGCAAAGCCCGAGAAGAAAUGGAAUAAAGAUAACGCGUCGUGUGUGCUCUCGGGACGAGCCGAUUGUCUGCGUCCACGUCUAGCGGCCACGCGGAGGAAUUUCCGAGCAGGACGUUAUCGGACCGCUCCGUCCGUAACAUCAGAGCGGUGUCCAGCACGCAGCAGGGUGGGUGUGCUCGCCUUACAGGAUCUCCCACUGCAAGCCCUCGCUACUUACACGCGCGCUCUGCCGGCACCACGAAAAUCACGGCUGCACGGAUCGUCGUCUCGCGCCAGGCACGGUGGUCGUUCAUCGUGGCCCCGUCGGGGUCGCGCCGCUGCAGAGGCGGUCGCCGGGAUAGCCAGUAAAGCUGGCUGCUCGCUGAAGAGAAAUCCACACCGACACUCUACGGAGUUCCAUGGAUCAACGAUUACAGCUGUGUACUCAGGACAACGACCUGCCUUAAUUGGUGCAGAAGUAAAAAGCUUCUUCAAAAAGCGCCUUAACCCACCGGAAGAGCCAGAAAAGGUGCGGUUGGCCUGGCGCGCAUCUCCACGAACCACCGCCGAGCACAUCUGCUACAGUCACAGCACGUCGACCACCUCAGCUGCAAGGUUUGCCCCUGUAGGCCGCAGGGAAGUGAAUAGAUAAAUCAAUAAAACCAAGAGGCGUACCCCGAGGACGAAGGUAAACAAGUCUUACUGCUUGCAAGGCUUCUUUCAAGAGCGCAGACAGGCCGAGUCGCCUUCGAACCUCGUCUGAACACGGACUUCGAACCACGUAAGGGCUACCUCCGCUUAGAGUAUCCUCUGUUGCCAAGAAGAGAGGUCACGCCGUACCGUCUAGGGUGACGGGCCUUUUCCGGUUGGCUUCGCUUGGCGCGUUUAGCGGUGCGCCCCCGUUCUGACGGCCCCCGAGGGCGUUCGCGGCGCGACGCGUGAAAAGUGGAUGCUUCCGACCUUGUUCGGCGAAGUACGCCGCUGCGACUACUGGUCCGAGCACGAGGCCGUCCACCGCGACAACUGGGCUUCCAGCGAGUACUCCUGGCUCGUCUGUAAACAGAUAAAAUGCUGCAUAUGCUGAAGGGUCGCCGGCUGCCCUGCCUGAAGGCCGUCCUAUCUCGCUGCUCUUCGGAGCUGCGCUCUGCGAGGCACAAGACCAUCGCCAUCCGGCGCGAAGAUGCGUCGCUCUGGGAACGUCGUGCCCCCCUGGCGCCCCACCACGUGCGAGCGCUCGCCAAGAGUGGCGUCAAGGUCUACGUGCAGCCUUCCAACAGGAGGGCCUACCCGAUUCAGGCUUACGUGAACGCCGGCGCGGAGGUUCGCGAGGACAUCAGCGAUGUGCCGGUCAUCAUCGGCGUCAAGCAGGUGCCCAUCGACCAGCUGCACCCGAACAAGACGUACGUGUUCUUCUCGCACACCAUCAAGGCGCAGGAGGCCAAUAUGCCCAUGCUGGACGUCAUCCUGGAGCGCAACAUCCGCCUCAUCGACUACGAGCGCAUGUGCGACGAGAACGGCUCGCGCGUCGUGGCGUUCGGCAAGUACGCCGGAAAGGCCGGCAUGAUCAACAUCCUCCACGGGCUCGGCCUGCGACUGCUCGCCCUGGGUCACCACACGCCGUUCAUGCACAUCGGCCCGGCGCACAACUACCGCAACAGCGGCAUGGCCAAGCAGGCUGUGCGCGAUGCCGGCUACGAGAUCGCGCUCGCCAUGAUGCCCCGGUCCAUCGGGCCGCUCACGUUCGUCUUCACCGGAUCCGGAAACGUCUCGCAGGGUGCGCAAGAUAUCUUCGAAUCGCUUCCAUGCGAGUGGGUCGAUCCGAGAGACCUACGUGAAGUGUGCGAGCAAGGCGCCAUCACCAAGGUCUAUGGCGCCGUUGUCAGCAGGGACGACCAUUACCGAAGGAUCGAGGAUGACCAUUAUGACCCCGAAGAGUGCGACCAGUUCCCCGAGCGCUAUUACUCCACCUUUUCCAAGGACAUCGCACCGUACGCGUCGGUGAUCGUGAACGGCAUCUACUGGGCGGUCAACUCUCCCAAGUUGCUGACCAUUCCGGACGCCAAGCGGCUCCUGCAGCCCACCAACACUCCGUGGCUCCCGAGCAGCGCCGGCGGGCCGUCCCUGCCUCACCGGCUGCUCGCCAUCUGCGACAUCAGCGCCGACCCCGGUGGCUCCAUCGAGUUCAUGAACGAGUGCACCACCAUCGACGCGCCGUUCUGCCUCUACGACGCCGACCAACACAAGAACACCGAGAGCUUCGCAGGCCCCGGCGUUCUCGUGUGCUCCAUUGACAACAUGCCGACGCAGCUGCCUCUGGAAGCAACAGACUACUUCGGGAAGCUGCUCAUGCCCUACAUCAACGAUAUCAUGGCCUCCGACGCGACAAAGCCGCUGUCUCAACACCGAAUGUCCCCAGUCGUCGAAGGGGCAGUUAUCGCCAGCAACGGAAAACUGACGCCCAACUACGAGUACAUAGAGGACCUGCGCAACACAUCGAGGUCCAUGAAGAAGGCGCAGAGUGCCACGGCUGCUAAGAUGAAGAAGGUGCUGGUGCUGGGCGCGGGCUACGUGUCGGCGCCUCUGGUCGAGUACCUGACGAGGGACGACUCCGUGCACGUCGUCGUCGGAACGGCAUUCCAGAAGGAAGGCGAGGCUUUGGCCAUCAAGUCACCGAACACCGAGUCCGUGGUCGUCGACGUGACGAAGACUCCGGACGCGAUACAGAACCUCAUCAAGGACGCCGAUUUAGUGGUCAGCUUGCUGCCUUACCCGCUACACCCAACGAUAGCCCAGUACUGCAUCGCACACAAGACAAACAUGGUGACCGCCAGCUACCUCACCCCGGAGAUGAAAGAACUGCAUAGCGCAGCCGCUGACGCGAACAUCACGGUUAUGAACGAAGUCGGCCUCGACCCUGGCAUCGACCACCUUCUGGCCAUGGAGUGCUUCGACGAAGUACGCAGAAAGGGCGGCAAGGUCUUAUCCUUCGUGUCCUACUGUGGUGGGCUGCCGGCCCCGGAACACGCCAACAACCCGCUUCGAUACAAGAUCAGCUGGAAUCCACGAAGCGCCUUUGUCAAUUGCAUGGGACCGGCUCGAUAUCUCGAAAACGGCAAGGAGGUGGAAAUAGCUCCCGGUAGUCUGCUGGACAACGCCCAGCGCGUUCCCUUCCUGCCGGGCUUCAACCUUGAGGGAUACCCGAACAGAGACUCGCUUGUCUACAAGAACACCUACGGUAUCAACAACGCCCACACCGUGCUUCGCGGUACGCUUAGAUACAAGGGAUUCUCAAGCGCCAUGAAAGGGCUUCAGCUUCUCGGACUUCUAAGUACCGAGCCUCACCCCAGCCUGCACCCGAGGGGACCGGAGAUCACCUGGCGCCUGUUCAUGACGACGCUGAUGGGCCAACCGGACAAUCUGCUCACCUCCAACAUCAAGAAUCUCAUCUACGACCGGGUGGACAAGUGCGAGUUCAGGACGAAAGCCAUUGAAGAUCUGGGCCUCCUCGAUGACAUACCGGUCGAGAAGAAAAACACUCCCCUGGACACGCUCAUGUUCCACUUGUCCAACAGGCUUGCAUACGAACCUGGCGAGCGGGAUAUAGUCAUAAUGAGGCACGACAUCGGGAUCCAGUGGCACGAUGAAAAGAAGGAAAUGAGGCACGUCGACAUGGUCACCUACGGAGACCCCAACGGCUACUCUGCGAUGGCGAAGACCGUCGGCUACCCGGCUGCCAUCGCUGCCAAGAUGAUUUUGCAGGAAGCAAAAGUUCAUGCAGCACUUGGGCAGCUGUGGCGCCUGACAUCCCCUUCGGCGACGGGUCUCGGAGGUCAUAGAACGCAUCGCUGCCCUCUGCAGCUGCGAUAGCACGGAAGCUUCUCGUCACAAGUGAAGCGGCUGAGGAAUCAAUUUUACAUUCAAAAAUCUGCAUAUGACAGAAUAACGCAGCGCUUGUCGUAUGCGGUUUUCUUAUUGUGUCCUUCGUCAUUUUUGCCCUGCAGCAAUGGCUAAGCAGUAUACGGCUCGCACAUACCCGAUCGUCGAUACCAGAACUUAUUGUACAAAGCUGCUUGGUUUUCACAACUUAUCAUGAACUCGCCGGUGCUUUACCACGGUACCUUGCCCAUAUAUUUCGCUGUCGUUCUUCUACAGACCCAUUCACAGCGCUCCCGCCGGCGCCGCUAUGUUUGAUCACGUGGUGACGUGUCCAUUGCUUACUUAAGCCGGAUUCCGCUGCCCGUAUACAAAGGUAUCGCACGAUGCCUGUGCGGCUCAACAGACCAUUGCUUCAGCGUUUGUCGCCGACAAUGCGUGAAAGGCACGGAACGUUUCCAGCACUUCAGGAGACACCGCAAUGUCGCAUAUCAAUUCUUCCGAGCUCAUUAGGCCUUGUCCAAAAGCUGCUUGCGAGCACUGGCGUAGUAGGACCGCGCAUUAGAAGCCCGGGAUAGAAAUUAUUUUUCCAAGUCAUACUGGUACCCACUUUCAGACGCUGUAAUAAUUAGGGUUACUGUUAUCCGCUCAUCAUUCUCUCUCAUAUUUUUUUAUAAUGGCUUGAAAGCAACAUGUUGUAAUGCUUUAGGUUCAUUAGCACUUUUAGUGCAAUGUAAUUACAUUACCUUCUGCGUAAUCACUCGGGAACGUGUGAAUUGUGCUAGAUGUCUUGCCGCGCUCCGAGCUGAAAACAACCAUGUUUUGAUGUUUCCUAGUAGCUUAGAUAAAAGACGUAAUGACUUUCAUCAAUCGUUUACGUUGUGACUCUUGGCAAAAGAGUACGUUCAGCUUUCAACAUUAUUACAUAACAUAGUACGAAAACCACUCAUUGGUCGGCGAAUUCUCUAUUGAGUGCACUCAUAGGCAAUACGUGACUACUAUAGUCUCAAUGAGUUUCACUGAAUGGGGCCGGAUGGCAGCCGAAAUAGGAAAAAUGUUAUCCACAAGCGCGAGCGAGUGUACUAAUUUUUCGGUGCUCUCUGGCCAUAUAUUAUUUCUGGGAACGUCUGACAUGAAAAAAUAUGGUAAAAUUGUUUUUCCACCGCAAUUACUUGGUUUGAGUUAGAUGACGGUUCCUCAUUUUAUUGUGGAGUGCCGGCGCAAAAGUACAAGUACGAAGAAAACCAGGGAUGACAGUAGCCACACUAAAGCAGAAUUGAUAAAACAAACAAGUGCUACAACAGUUUCGAUGCAUCUUCAUUGUGAACGAAAAACAAUGCAAGGUCAUAAGCUUUUCGUACAAGAGAUCCGUGUGAUAAUGAAACAUGUGUAAAUCUACUAAUUAAAAAGCAAACCUACUGAAGUGUGUACGCGUACAGCAUAUUUAACAGAUUUUUAGAAAUGUGAGGCACACAAAUAUCUGCAGGAAAGCGUAGUAACAUCCCUGCUCCAAUUAUGAGCUGCCACUAUUAUUUUUCUGGGGAAGAAAUCAUCAUUGCCAUUAGCCCAUUUUAUUUCCACAGGAUGGCAAAUGGCUCUCCCAGACGUCUCUAAAUUCCUCUUGUCUUGUGUCAUCCAAGCGCCUCUUUCCUCGUCUUAUCACAGCACUUAAUCGACUGCAAGUACUUUUCCUUGGCACCCACGGUUAUCUUAAUAGAUGUUGUGUUUGGUUUAAUUUUCCUUUAAGUAUGGCGCGCAUCUACUACGGAUAAUCAGCCCAGCAUCACAUUGUAACAUAUAUUUGUAUCCUGCCCACAAAUUAGAAGGAAAGGCUCUACGCCUGUAGCGAAUUGCAAAAGUUCCUUAAACUUCUUAAUAUCAAAUGGUAUAUCAGCUACACCCGUUCAGUUUCUAAUCGGUAGUGAUAUAUCGUGUUCGUCAACAUCGCGUCUUCAUAAAGAGCUACACAUAGUUCAUCAACGAGCAGUAUGGUCGACUGACGCACUGAGGGCAAUUUACACACGCUUGGGGGGAACUGUGCUUACGUGUACAAAAUUCCCAGGACUUGUUGGACGUUGCCGCUUCAUCCGCACAGUGCCCUCACCCCUUGGACACAUCGUCGGUGCUUCGUAUUCACUCUAACAGUGCCAGAGCUAUCGUUUCCUUUUAUUAUCGCAGUACGUUCCCCACGCAGACUGGACCUCACGGCACCUACUGGGCGGUCAGCUCUUUUCAACUUGCUGACCAUUCCGGACGCCAAGCCAUCACCACAGCCCGCCAACACGCCGUGGCACUCGGGCACUACCGGAGCGCCCUCGCUGCCUCAAUGGCUGCUCGCCAUCUGCGACAUCAGCGCAGACGCCGGGUGGCUCCUCCGAGUUGACGAACGAGUGGGCUGCCUCUAGUCCACUCGUCCAUCUUAUUCUACACGAAACGUUCAUUGUAUUCUACCUAAGGAAAAAUUAAGGACAAACCUAAUCCGAGUUGUAUUAGUAAGUUACCCUUAUGCAACACACAAAUUGGCACUCUUACCGCGAAAGUAAAUUUCGCAAGUCAGAAAAGAAGCAAAAAUGAAGGACCUGGGCGAAGCCACCCUGAAGCUCCCGCGCCAGGUCGCAGUGACGUCAUAGAUUUUGACGGCGUAUGCUUGCGCCUAGUUAAAUUUCUAUCGCUAUAAAUUAACCAUACGUACUACUUUAAGCCAGUCUAGGUUCAAGUAGUCUUUAUGUUUUUGUCCUUAGGAAACCAGCCCGAGCCUGAAACAGCCAGGUACUCCCUUUUGUGUUACCGUACAGAUUUUCUCUUCUCAUUUAUUUCUUCACAUUCUUGUAAAUAUUCAUGGUUAUUUUCUUUUUGUGUAGAUUUAGGAGCACGUUAAAGAACCCCAGGUGGUCGAAAUUUCCGGAAGCCUGCACUACGGUGUACCUCAGAAUCAGAAAGAGCAUCACACGCGUAAUGCGAAGACGCGGGGUCGUUCCCCACCUGCGGCAAGUUGUUUUUUCAUCCACUUUCAAUGUCAUUAACUUAUAACUUAUUUAAUUCAAUUAUUAAUUACAAGUAAUAUCCCCGAUGUUUUCCGUGGUGCCUUUGUUUGUUUGCAUCUCAUGUUAUGAUUAAUAAAAAUAGGGCCCCUCGGUUAGCCCCCUUUCUUCUCGUUCAUAAUUAGAAAAUGGUUUUGGCACGUAAAACCCCAUAAUUAAUUUUUAAUGGCCUUUUUUUCCAUUUUUUUACAUCCAAUUCACCACCUUUGUUUCUCUCACUUUCUUUUUGAAGACUCCUGGUUGUCUAUUUACUUGAACUAGUAAAGGCAAUGCACAGAAGACCAGGACUCAAGAAGAACACAAACGACAGGACCGGCGCCUUUACUAACCGGCGCCUUUACUUUGCUUUUACUAAUUCAAGCAUGAACCAACUAGCCCAAGCAAGAGUUUUACUUGUCUAUUUACAAUUUCAAUUUCCCUGUACUUGUUAAAAAUGUUCAAUAUUCAACACGUGAAACGCCAUCUAUCGAUUCGCAACAAAGCACCUUCCGCCAUCUUGUCGACGGCACUGCAAAACGAAACUAUUCGCUCGACAGUAUAGCUGCAAACAUAGCUUCUGCUUUCCCAAUUUUUCAUACGCGAACCAAGCAGCUUGUCAGUUGAGCUUUUUUUUUUUUUCUUGCGGCUGGCAAACAAAAUCAGUGAAUUAAAAAAAUCCAGAUGACAAACA